CACUGGGAGCCAUGCUGACAUUAACCCGAAUCGGAGCCUAAAGGGGGGAGUACCACGGAAACAGUCAGGUCCUUUGGAAACUCGUGGAAUUGUAACCAAACUAACAUUAUUCGAUGGAUACUUACCAGAAAAACCCACGUUCAUGCAGAAUUUUCAGCAAGACGUCUUUUUUACCGUCGAAAAAUCGUCUUUUAUUUCAAGACGUAUCACGUGAUGCUGGUUGACCAAUCCACGCGAUGCUGACGUUUCUGGAAAAUGUUCUUUGUUGUAUUUUGGAGGAAUAAUCUUACUUUUUUGAUCUCGAAAAGUGAGGUUUUGUAUUUGCCCAUCGUUGUGGAAACAAAAACGACAAAAUGCUAGUGAUAAAUGUGCAAUUUAUUGUUACAGACUACCUGUUGAGGUGGGUAGUGCCACGUUUGGUGUGGGAGGUGUCAUGGAUGCUGGUCCCGGUAAGAGGAUAAGGAAACCCUCUCAACUUUAUGAAGGUUUUGAGAGUCCUACCAUGCUCCAUAUAGCAGCACCCCAGACCAUUCCACAGCCUCCGCAGCCUGAGGUGCGGAACCCAAAUCGGCCAGGGCGCCUCACAAAUCAACUACAGUUCCUUCAAAAAGUCUUAAUGAAGGCACUCUGGAGACAUCACUUUGCUUGGCCAUUUCAUGAGCCUGUGGAUGCUGUUCGACUUGGAUUACCUGAUUAUCAUAAGAUCAUUAAGCAGCCAAUGGAUAUGGGCACAAUAAAGAAGCGCUUGGAAAAUAAUUACUAUUACAGUGCCAGCGAGUGUAUCCAGGACUUCAAUACCAUGUUCACCAACUGUUACAUUUACAACAAGAAAUUUGUUCUUUGCCUCUGUCAGCCUACAGAUGACAUUGUGUUAAUGGCGCAGUCCUUGGAGAAGGCAUUUCUUCAAAAAGUAGCACAAAUGCCUGAGGAAGAGCUAGAACUGCCCACACCAGCACCAAAGGCCAAACAAAAUAAAUCAAGUAAAGGCAGAAAACCCACAGUGUCUUCUGGUGGCAUGACACUGGCACACCAGGUACCAGCAAUCUCAUCUAUGUCUCUCGCCAACCUCUAUCCAUCUAACUUUGAAAUUCAGUCAACAACAUUGGCACCCCCUCCAAAUACAUUAAUGGGUUUAUCUGCACUUAGCAAAAGCAUGACCACUACACCUCAAAUACUUGGCAUGCCAUCUGCUCCUACGCUGCCUGUUGCUAAGAAAAAGGGUGUGAAGCGCAAAGCAGAUACAACCACCCCUACAACGAUUGGGAUUUCAGUGACGAACAAUGGUAGCUCUUCACCCUUGGGAAUGGUAACCCCCCUUUCUCUUGAAACCAAGCCUGCAAAAGUUCCUGCACGAAGGAGAGAAAGUGGACGGCCUAUUAAACCACCUAAGAAAGACUUGCCAGAUUCUCAGUUGCAGCAUCAACCAUCAAAGCGUGGAAAACUUACUGAGCAGCUCCGCUACUGCAGUGGUAUACUCAAAGAGCUGCUCUCAAAAAAACAUGCUGCCUAUGCCUGGCCGUUUUACAAACCUGUUGAUGCAAUGGUUCUGGGUUUACAUGACUACCAUGACAUCAUUAAGAAUCCUAUGGACCUUAGCACCAUUAAGAAAAAAAUGGAUGGUCGUGAAUACAGAGAUGCUCAGGAAUUUGCAGCAGAUGUGCGAUUAAUGUUUUCCAAUUGUUAUAAGUACAACCCUCCUGAUCAUGAUGUUGUUGCAAUGGCUAGGAAGUUGCAGGAUGUUUUUGAGUUUCGAUUCGCCAAAAUGCCAGAUGAACCUUCUGAAAGUCAAAUGAUGGUCAUGACUCCCCUCCCUAUGGAAGUACUGAAAUCCUCCUCAGAGUCUGAAAGUGAAGAAAGUAGUGAGAGUUCCAGUGAAAGCAGUGAAAGUUCAGACAGUGAGGAGGAGAGAGCGAACAGAUUAGCGGAGCUACAAGAGCAACUAAGAGCUGUCCAUGAGCAACUAGCAGCGCUCUCGCAGGGCCCCAUUUCCAAGCCAAAGAAGAAAAGAGAAAAGAAAGAGAAGAAAAAGAAGAAGAAGCCAGAGAAACACAAAGUGAAAGUACAGGAAGAUGAAAGCGACAAGCCAGCCAAACACCAUAAGACUUCAAAAACAAAAUCAACUUCAAGCCAAGGCAAGAAGAAUAGUGGUGGGAGCAAGAAAAACUCCAAAAUCUCCAAAUCUUCAAAAAAACCCUCUUCUGUGCCUCGACCAACACACGUAGUGCCCCCACCAGUGCUUCCACAUUAUGAUUCUGAUGAGGAAGACGACUGCAAACCCAUGUCUUAUGAUGAAAAAAGGCAGUUGAGCCUUGACAUAAAUAAAUUGCCUGGGGAAAAACUUGGUCGUGUUGUGCAUAUUAUUCAAAGUCGAGAACCUUCACUUAAAGACUCAAAUCCUGAGGAGAUUGAAAUUGACUUUGAAACACUGAAGCCAUCUACUCUGCGAGAGCUAGAACGUUAUGUCCUUACCUGUCUACGGAAAAAACCUCGCAAACCCUAUGUGACAAAGAAGCCUGGGGCUGGAAAGACACGGGAGGAGCUUGCCCUUGAAAAGAAAAGGGAGCUUGAGAAGAGAUUGCAAGAUGUUAGUGGGCAACUAAAUUCUGUAAAGAAACCACAGAAAACCAAAGCAGAGAAGCCAAGCGUUGUAGAACAGCAUCCAGCUGCCUCUCGUCUUAGUGCUAGCAGCUCAAGCUCGGACUCCAGCAGUUCCAGCUCAAGUUCCAGCUCCUCGGACACUAGUGACUCUGACUCUGGUUGAUCUUGAAGUGUUUUGAGCUACUUUGUUCUCAUCUUGAACUUGGAGUCUGUCUCCUAAAUGGAAAGCCCUGUCAUGGAGUAUAGAAUUCUCCUCCCCUGAAACUUUGUGCUAACAGCUGGGAGAACGUACCGAGAUAUUCUUUAUUUGAAACAAGUUUUCAGACUCCAGGAAGUGUGUGGAUUGAAGAUUAAGAAUAAAUGAGCCAGGUCUGCCUUUUAUGUGUAACUUGGACUAGGGGUAUGCGACUGAAAAUAUCCAGAAGGCCAGCUGUUGUUUCUGAAAAUGUUGCACGCGCCUCUUGCUUCUGACAUACAUCCAUGAAUCCCACCACCAGCAGAUUUCCAUAAUGGUUUCUUUUUGUGCACUAUUUAUUUAACUUGUUAUGGGAAAUUGUUUUGCCACAACCCGUAUUUGUAUUUCUGUAUGAUAACUCAGUUGGCUGUAAUCUAGGUGUUGUUUUCCCACCAAGAUGAAUGUACUGUCAAGUGACCUGUUAGACUGCAGUUUAAAUUGUAAGCUGCCAACAGGUGCCUUUUGAUGUUUGUUUAAUGUGUGGCAUUUAAACUAAAUUCCUGGAACAGAGUGCUGCAGCUUCUGCUCUGUGCUACUUAUUGAUAACUUUUAUCAUUUCUUAUCCUAUCUAAACAUACACCAUGGAAUUGCCAUGAAAAAUGUUAUUAGCAUAGUCUUUGAGAUUAAUUCACAGUUAAGUCUCUGCAUCAAGUUGUGUUGUUGGGAACAUUCAGUCUUGUCACUAAUGCAGAUGGGAAUGUGCACUAUGUUUUGUUUUUACUCGGGUUUAAAUUGUGUUAGUUCUUAUGUCAGAAGGAGCUGUAUUUAUAUCUGCCCACAAGAAUUUACCAGGAGCAGAGCUGGCUCACAUCACUCUUACAACUCGAACAUUCUGGUGGUGGGGAGUAGAGGCGGACGUUGUGUCAGAGUUGCAAUAAGACAGUGUUCAUGCACUACAUUAAAAAAAAAAAUAAUAAUCUGUAUGUAACCCUAUCAGGAAAAGCUUUAAGCUUGUUCUUAUUUUUAUGGAUUAAUGUAAAGCUGAGGAGUGUGCUGUCCAUAGAUCUUACAGAAUGAGCCUUGUGUUGACACAGAUGAUACGGUGUUUGGAUUAGCCUUGCCUUUCUUGCUGCAUCACUUGGCAGCUAGCCAGCUAGACGAGCUGUGGCUACUAUAUUAAGUUUUUUUUGUUUUGUUUUUUGUAUCAUUAUUUAUUUUAAAGGAUGUUUUAUAAUGUACAAAGUGAACAGUUACCUGUUGAUACGGGUGCAUAGUGUAAAGUGAAAAGAUUUUAUUGAAUAUAUUGUACAUAUUUCAACUGUUGCACAAUCAGUG